GUCACGAAGGAGACAAAGAUGGCGGUGACCAGCUGAGAUAGGACAUACACGCAUGUGGUUAGUAUACAGCGAUAAACUCGUCUCAGGAGGAUGUGACAGAGGAGGUUUUCAUGGUGAUGUGAAGACACCUUGUCAUGCACUCGGUAGCGCUGUAUGGCAGGCUUCUUGCCCGAGCGAUCGCAACAGGAAUUCACAGUGAACUACAGAUUCAGAGAGAAAGAGCUAGGGAACCUUUACAAUUGGUUACUGGAUCCUCAGGAUUUUCGAAGACAAUAACCAAAUCUACGAACACAAGAAAAUGGGCAUUUGGAGAUGAUGCUUAUUUCAUUUCAAGGAACAAAGCUGUCGAUGUCAUAGGGGUAGCCGAUGGCGUUGGUGGGUGGCGAAGUUAUGGCAUCGACCCCUCAGCGUUCCCCCGCACCCUCAUGGCGACAUGUGAACGCAUGGUCCAAGAGGGUUGCUUCCGUCCACAGGCUCCGGCCACGGUCAUCGCCGCCAGCUACCAGGAACUCAUGGAACAGAAAGUGCCGCUUAUAGGAAGUAGUACUGCCUGUUUGGUGGCACUCCAUCGAGAAGAGAGGACGAUAUACUCUGCCAACCUUGGGGACAGCGGCUUCCUUGUCAUCCGUGAAGGCGAGGUGGUGCAUCGGUCGCUGGAGCAACAGCACUACUUCAACACCCCCUUCCAGCUUGCUGUCGCCCCACCCAAUCAGCAAGGACUUGUCCUCAGUGAUAGCCCCGAGGUUGCAGAGAGUACAUCAUUUGGAGUUGAAGAAGGAGACAUAAUCUUGUUAGGAACUGAUGGUCUUUUUGACAACAUGCAGGAAGACAUGUUACUGGAGUAUAUCUCCAAGGUCAAGGAUCACAAGGAGGAGACCGUACAGACCACUGCCAGUAAUAUAGCUGAGAAGGCCUACCAGCUGUCCUUCGACCCCGAGUACAUGUCACCAUUUGCUAUGUCGGCAAUGGAUGCUGGGAUAGAAUUCAGAGGUGGAAAGCCCGACGAUAUCACAGUGAUAGUAGCAAGGGUGACAAGUCUUGGUGAAACCUAGCAGUGGGCUCCGUACACUGUCAGUUAUGUCAGGAGUUUGUGUGGUGUGUGUUUGUAGUUGAGAGAUAGAGCAGAGUGAGCCAAUAGCAUUCCAUGUAACAAAUUAGGUUAUAGUAUGUGUAAUCUGAUUGGCUACUAUAGAUCUGACUAUGACCUUUUUGGGUCAUGACCUGUUUACCUUCAGUUUCACAAGGUAGAGAUUUUGUGCCAAAAACAAAACGAAAAUACCAGGCAAGUACAAGAUAGGCAUGAGUAGUGUCUAGUGAAGCGAUGACUCGUUUGAAUUAUGAUUCUUUUGAUUUCAUAUCAUCAGUAUUGGAGUAAAUGCACAAAUAAACAGCACAGCAACAUUUUGUACUUAAUUGUAAUCAGUUGUAAGAUAUAUGUUUUGUUUCUCCCACACAGUAUUCCGUUAUUUCAGUGUCACUAUCAUAAUUAUCAUAUUGGAUGUGUUAGUCCUCACCAAGCAAACACAAAUUGUUUAUAAGUAGGGCUGAUUGUUAUAUAACUUUUGUUUAUAAGUUUAUAAACUUUUGAACAUACCAUUUGUAUACCACUCAACAUUUCUUCAUGAGUUCCUUAACAUAAUCAGUUUGGUAUCCCUAUCAAAUGUUGAACAGUAUAUUUCACUACAUCGUAAAGGUAAUUACACGAAUAAGAAAAUGUUGAGGUCUUAUCUUUAUAAAGAUUACCGUAUUCGACGUAAUAAGCACCCCGCUCUAAUAAGCGCCUACGGCGAUAUUUGCUAAUAUAUUGGCGAGUGAAAAAUCCCAAUUAGCACCCCUUCCGAUUGAUCAAUGUACACAAG